CCAGGUGGAAGGUGGCGCGUUCGAGCGUUCAUGGCAACGCCACGCUUCCGCCUUCUGGAAGCCUUGGCUCCAGCUCCGGCGCUGGAACGAUGCCUCUGGAAGUGGUGGUAGAACUACAGAUCCGGGCGAUUUCUUGUCCAGGGGUGUUCCUUCCUGACAAGCAAGAUGUGUACCUUGGGGUGUACCUCCUAAAUCAAUACCUGGAGACCGACUGCUUUCCCUCUGUGUUCCCUAUUAUGAUUCAGCAGAGCAUGAGGUUUGAAAAGGUAUUUGAAAAUGCCAUAGAUCCUGGCGCUGUAGCAGACAUUUUAGAAAGCUUCCUAACCAGGUUUGAAUUAAUACAACUAGUACCUCCAGUGUGGGAGGAGUUGGCCUGCUAUGAAGAAAACACACGGGAUUUUCUUUUCCCUGAACCCAAGCUGACACCUUCGCUCCCUGGGAUGUGCAGGGAGGUGCUCAUGAAGACGAUUGCAGGGUUUCCAGAAGAAAGAUAUAAUAAGUCAAGAAGGCCUUUAUCUGCAACAGAUGGACCCAAGCUCCCCAUAAAUAAUAUGAAGAUGACGCCAAAGGAGAGUAAUCUCAACAGACUGCCCCAAAGCAUGCAGUCCCGUGCUCCCUCUCCCAUUUCCCCCUGGCGCUGCUUUCACGACCAGCCAGCUCAGCUGAACCUUGGAAAUAACAUCAGAAUCUCCGGGGGAAGCAAACCUCCAUUUGUAGUUAGACACGUGGACAGUGCAAAGCCUUUUGGUGAGAAUAUUUCAGAGUAUCAGUCCCGGAAGUCGAGAAGAAAACUUAAGUUUUCAAACUUGCCUUUUCCGGGGAGAAGAGCUUCUUCUCUUGACAGCCUUGCCGCUAACGUAAAGGUCAUCAAAGAGCCAGAUGAACGGAUUGUUUUAAGGAAAGAAUCAUCAUCACCUUUAGAUUCCAGUAAGUUCGGAAAACCCUCGCCCAUUUACAGUAACCAAGGGGAUGCCGAUUUCCAUGGGGAAGCUUCGUAUGCUGCCUCCCAGCAUUCCAGAUCUCCCAGCCCUCUUCUGGAUCAGCCCCUUCUCUGCGACGAAAGGUUCCGCAUAUAA